UUUUAAAAUGACUUGUGUGCUUAAAAAACUAAAAAAAUUCAAGAAAAAAAAAAAAAAUUAAAAGCCGUGUGUCGGUAUUGACUUUUAUAGCUGAAAAGUUAAAGUAAUUAUUCAAAAUUUAUUUCUCUCAACAAUUUGGAUAUUACUACCGAGGAUAUACAAAUUAUUUUCGGUUUUUGUGACAUCAAGAUAAAAAAAAUUCACAAAUGGUUCGUAAUAGUAUGGGACCUGGCCCUAUAUAUUAUAAAAAAAGUGAAGUAAGAUAUUCGCCAAUGGUGGCAAAUAAUCCUAACGCAAUGGUUCAAACUCAACCAAUGGAUGCUGGACAUUCAAGUCAUAUGGUAUAUCAUCAGGAUCCAAAUUAUCAAGGAGGAGAUCCCUAUGCAAAUAAUUAUUCAAACCAACAUCCAGAAGAAUACGCCAUUUUUGUAUUUAAUUUAUCUUUAGAAGUAGUUGAAAAUGAUUUAUGGAAAAUGUUUGGGCCAUUUGGUGCUGUAAGAAAUGUAGCUGUCGUAAAAGAUCCUAAUACAAAUUUAUGUAAAGGAUAUGGUUUUGUUACAAUGAGAAAUAUGCAAGAAGCUGAACUAGCGAUUGACAUUUUAAAUGGUCAUCAUUUAAAGGGAAGGUCAAUUAAAGUCAGCUUCAAAGGACCGAGAACAAGAACAUAUGAAGAGGAAUCUGUUGGAGAACCGGGUGCAUAUCCAAUUUAUGUUUAUAAUUUGCCACUGAAGACAUGUGAAGAUAAUUUGUGGAAAUUAUUUGGCCAAUUUGGUGCUGUCAAAAAUGUUUCAAUAAUGCAAGAUCAUGUUAAAAACAUGCCAAAAGGAUAUGCAUUUGUGACAAUGAAAAAUUUAAAUGAAGCACAGAAUGCUAUUAAAGCCAUCAAUGGUUUUACAAUGGAUGGAAGGGUCUUAACCGUCAGUUUUAAAGGGAGAAGACCCGAAGAACCAGAAAAUGCUAAUCCUUAUAAAGCUGGACAGGGAGAAGCCUAUUAUGCUGAUCGUAGUAGUACAAUACCAAUAUAUGUGAAUAAUUUACCAUCAGACGUUGAAGAACAAACAAUAUGGAAGUUAUUCGCUCAAUUUGGUGCAGUUAAAGAUGUUAAUUUGGUUAAAGAUUUAGCAACUAUGAAAUGUAAGGGUUAUGGUUUUGUUAUGAUGAAAGAUAUGGAAGAAGCAACUGUUGCUAUAAAUACGUUGAACGGCUUCACAAUUGGCAACAAAAUUAUACAAGUUAAUUGGAAAACUAAAAAAAAUAAGCAACAAAAUCAACAACAAUCACAGCAACCGUCACAAAACCAGUAAAAAGGAAAAUUAAUAAAUUUAAAAAAGAAAAUUAAAAUUAAAAAAAAUAUUAAAAAAAAUUAAUAAAAAAAUUUUUACAUAUAAUUUUUAAAUAAUACACACAUACAUAUAAAACAAUUUGAAAAAUAUAUAUAAAAUAUCGUAUA